UGCAGGCAGAGCUGCGAAAAAGUCAUUUGCGCCAAUUUCCACACAAACAAACCAUUGAGUCUUCAAAAUCCUCGACAAAUACCACUGGCAGCUGUAGAGUUGCUCAAAUCAUAUCAAGUCAGCCUUAGACGACAGCAUCUUCACCAUGAGCAAGGGCAAGGUCUGCUUGGCCUACUCAGGCGGUCUGGACACCAGCUGCAUUCUGAAGUAUCUUCUGGAUCAAGACUAUGAAGUGAUCUGCUUCAUGGCCGAUGUUGGCCAGGAGGAGGACUUCGAGGCUGCAAAGGCCAAGGCGCUCAAGAUUGGUGCUACCAAGUGCUACAUUGAGGACAUCCGCCGUGAGUUCGUUGAGGAGCUCUGCUACCCAGCAAUUGCUUGCAACGCCAUUUACGAGAACGUCUACCUCCUCGGAACCUCCCUCGCACGUCCCGUGAUCGCUCGCGCUCAAGUCGCUGUCGCACAGAAGGAGGGCUGUUUCGCAGUUUCGCACGGCUGCACUGGCAAGGGCAACGACCAGGUCCGCUUCGAGCUCGCAUUCUACGCCCUUCAGCCUUCCAUCAAGGUGAUCGCACCUUGGAGGGACCCAGCUUUCUACGAGCGCUUCAAGGGCCGACAGGAUCUCCUUGACUAUGCCGCUGAGAAGGGCAUUCCAGUCACCAGCACCAAGAGCAAGCCAUGGAGUAUGGACGAGAACUUGGCACACUGCAGCUACGAGGCCGGCAUUUUGGAGGAUCCAAACACCGAAGCUCCAGCAGACAUGUGGAAGCUCACUGUGGACCCUACCAAGGCUCCAGACACCCCAGAAGACUUCACUCUGACCUUCGAGAAGGGUCUGCCCGUGAAGCUGGAGUACGAGGGGGGCAAGAAGACCGUCACCGACCCAGUCGAGCUCUUCCUCACAGCGAACGCCAUCGCACGCAAGCACGGUGUUGGUCGUAUCGACAUUGUCGAGAACCGAUUCAUCGGCCUCAAGUCCCGAGGAUGCUAUGAGACUCCAGGUCUCACCAUGCUCCGUGCCGCACACGUCGAUCUGGAAGGUCUCGUUAUGGACCGCGAAGUCCGCGCUCUCCGCGACCAAUUCGUCACUUUCCACUACGCAAAGAUCCUCUACAACGGCCUGUACUUCUCGCCAGAGCGCGAGUUCCUCGAGGACAGCAUCAAAUCAUCUCAGAAGCACGUCAACGGAAGCGUGCGAUGCCGCGCCUACAAGGGCAUGUUCAGCGCUGUCGGCCGCUGGUCUGAUACCGAGAAGCUGUACGAUGCCAGCGAGAGCUCCAUGGACGAGAUUGGUGACUUCGCGCCAUCCGAGACCACUGGCUUCAUCACCGUGAACGCCAUCCGCCUGAAGAAGUACGGAAACGCGAAGGAGACCGCUGGCGAGAGCCUCGUCAAGAAGAUCUAAAUGACCUGGUCCUUCUUGAUCAAUUUGGACACGUUUCUAGCUGGGAGUCUUGGAGUCUCCUACGCAAUUGUAGAGUAUAGAUUCGGACGCCUGUGACACGAUAAUGAAAAGCAAAUGUUUUGAUGAGCACGCGA